AUAUACAUAUACCAAAUAUAUAAAUUACUUUUUCAGGACGACAUGGAAGAUUUACCAUUUCCUAGUCAAGAGAUUGAUUUUUCUCUGCCAGAGAUAGAAUUUGUUGCGAAACCUCGGAAGAAGGAAGAACUAGACAUAAAACUAAAAGAUCAGAGAGACGAAUAUAAAGAAAUAAAGAAAGAAAAGGAUAUCGAAGAAAGUUUUAAAAAGGACAGCGUGCUUCGUGACACUAAAGCUUGCUGGGAUAUAGACAAGAAGAAGGAAGACGUAAAGAAAUAUACAAAGGAUAUAGAAAUAAAGAAAGAUAAAUUUAAAGAUGUAAAAGAUACAAGGAAAGAACACAAAUCUUCAAAAGGUCGUUCAAAAGGCAAAGAUGAUAUGGAAGAAUGUGUGAAUAUAAAAAAGGAACGUAAGGAUUCCGAGUCUGGCCGUGAACUUUUAAAGAGAAUCCCCAAAAGACCAAGACUAGGCAAAGAAUGUUCGUCUGGAGCUUCUUCCAGUCCUCGUGACACACCACCACCAAAACGAAGAAGAAUAUGA